AUGAAUGAUGAUUUAGUAAUUGCGGGCGUCACUUUCAAGUCACGCCUGAUAACCGGUACUGGCAAGCACCGCUCAAAGCAAGACCUUCUCGAUUCCGUCCAGCGCUCCGGCACGGAGAUGAUUACCGUAGCGAUCCGAAGGCUCAACCUCGACGACCCGAACCAGGAAACGCUGCUCGACCACCUCGACUGGGACCGCUACCGGAUUCUUCCCAACACGGCCGGAUCGAAGACCGCCGAUGAAGCGGUAUUCACGGCGCGCCUGGCGCGAGAGGUGACGGGGUCGAACUGGAUCAAGGUGGAGGUGAUUCCGGAUGCGAAGUACCUGUUGCCGGACCCUGUAGGCACGUACGAGGCUUCGAAGCGGCUUAUUGCCGAAGGUUUCGUGGUGCUGCCGUACAUCCACGCUGAUCCGGUCCUGGCCAUGCGGCUCGAAGACAUCGGAUGCGCCACGGUCAUGCCGUUGGGGUCGCCGAUAGGGUCAGGCCGCGGUGUGCUGACCUCCGAGGAAAUCCAGAUAAUCAUCGAACAGUCCAGCGUUCCGGUCGUCGUCGACGCCGGGCUGGGUGUCCCGUCGGAUGCGUCGCUGGUCAUGGAGAUGGGCGCGGACUGCGUGUUGGUGAAUACGGCGAUCGCGCAGGCAGGCGACCCGGGCGCCAUGGGCGAGGCGUUCAAGCUGGGUGUCGAGGCCGGCAGGAUGGCAUACCAGGCUGGCCGCAUACCCAUACGGGAACAGGCCUCCCCAAGCAGCCCGACCGCCGGCGUGGCGGUGGCCGCCGGGCGGAGCGGCUGA